UUAAUAUAGAAUAUGUCAUUGGAGGACAAACAGCAGUUUUUGGUUGAAGAAAUCAUCAAUAAGGGAUAUGAUAGUGAAGACUUUACUAAGUAUAUGGAUAGGAAGAAAGAAAACGGGGGCUAAGAUUUGGAUAUCUGGUUGAUGGAUGAAUUAAGACAAGCAGUCAAUGAUUAUCAAAAAAUGAAGAAUGCCAUGAUGUAAAUCGUUGAUGAUGAUAUUGGAUUCAAGAGGAAGAUUGAUUGCUAAAAACUUAUUGGAACAGAAGUGGGUAACACAAAUAAUGUGUAAAUUACAAUUGACUAGUACAUUACAUAUUAAUAAUAGCUUUGACAAGAAGGAUACAGGAUUCUUUAGUCUUAGUAAGUCAUACGUAAACUAUAGAAUUGUUACAUAACCCUUCUAAUGGACUGUUACCAGAAGGUAUUCAGAUUUCGAAUGGUUAAGAGAAAUCUUAACCAAAUAAUAUCCUGGAGUAUUUGUACCUCCUAUAGCCAAUAAAACUCCAACUAGAUAAUUCAGCGAUGCUUACUUACUUAAAAGGAUGAAAUUCUUAGAAGUAAUUAUGAAAUUCCUAAGUUUAUAGAAAUUCUUAAAUCAUUUACUUAAUUCAACCAUUCUCAAGAAUGACAAAUACUUUUGUGAAUUCUUAAGAAUGCAAGAUGAAAAAGAAUUCAAAACUCUCCAAACUGCUUCAGAGAAAGUUCAAAAAACCACUAAGUUAGAUAAGGUUAUCAGCGAGACAGGAUAAAUUGAGGUAGCCUUUAAUCCUUAAACUGAUAAUUAUAUAAAAGCAGCUGGUAAUUUAAUGACGAGUUUAAAUUUGGACUUUGACGUGUAAGUUAAAUAUUUAUUAUUUAGAAUUAUGAAAUAAUCAAAAAAAUUGUUAUAGGAUUUUGAAAUAAUAUCAGCUACUAUGUUUUAGAUGGGGGAAUCUUUUGAAGUGCUUACCAAUCAUAUUAAUUAAUUUAAUGCUACUGUUCAAGAACCUGAGAAAGUAUUGAAGUUCGAAGCAGUUACCAUCACAUUGAAUAAUAUGAUGAUGAUAUGGGGUAGAAACUUUUAGAAUUAUAUGAUUUAUAUCUAAGACAACUUUAGAAACUUCUUUAAAUAUCACGACAAAGAAAUUGUUUAAUUAAAGGAGCAUCUACUAUUAAGAUAAUAAAGUUAAGCUGAGUAUUAAAAAUAUAAGGAAAGAUUGGAUUUAAAAAAAGAAAAGUUUUAUCAAUUGAAAGAGUUUAAUAAAUGGGAAGUAUCUAAAGAAGUUUUAGACGAAUUAAAGUUAAAUAUCGACAAUAAAAAGUAUUGUUUGAGUGUUAUGCUACCUAAAGAAACAUCAUAGUAGAAUGACUUAAGAGACACAUAUGCUUAUUACAAUCUAUCAACAUACAAUGAAAUUAGGAGAGUCUUUGAUUAGAACAUUGACAUUUAUGCAAAACAUUUUAUAAAAUUUGCUGAUAAUCAAGCUAACAAUUUGACGAAGGUAACAAAUUUAUGCUGAUUUUAGAUGCAUGUGACUUGGGCUGAUAUCCAAGGCAAUUUAUAAGGAUUGGAUUUAAUAACAUAACAUGAUUAAAAAGUUUAAAUUAUGCAGUAGCCAAAACCUAAGGGUUGA